UCAUUUCCUCAACGCUAUCUAUAAACAGUGCAACAACACACACAUUCACAAUCUCAAAACAAUCUUUGUUUAGACAAAUUAAAAUCUCAAGUAACUUGAAGAAUAAGAAGAUGAUGAUGUUGCAUAAGUCCCUUGCCAUCUUUGGCUAUGCAUGCCUCUUCAUGGCCAUAACUUCCACAGCUCAACUUCCUCCGGUGCUCGACACCGACAGUCAACCUCUACGACGUGGUGUCGAGUACUACAUAAAACCUGCAAUUACCGAUGUUGGGGGCAAUCUCACCCUAAAAAGUCGUAGUAACGCUCCAUGCCCGCUCUUCGUUGGCCAAGAACCAGUAACUUCGACAAAUAUCGGUCUCCCGGUCACCUUCACUCCCAUUGUGGCAGGCGAAGAUAUAAUUGAAGAAAGUAGAAGUUUGAACAUCGUGUUUGAAGCAUUGUCAACGUGCGUAACAUCGACACAAUGGAGAGUGGAUGAGGCGGAGUCUGACACCGGGAGGAGGUUCGUGGGGAUUGGGAACGACGAUGGUCCUUCUGGGAUCUUUAGGAUUGAUAGGAACAAUGGAGUUUACAAUAUAGUAUGGUGUCCUGCGAUGAUGGGGAGGCCAAGGUGUGGAAGUGCUGGGAUUUUGGUUGAGAAUGGAGUGAGGCUGUUGGCUUUGGAUGGUGAUGCUUUUCCUUUUGAGUUUGUGAAAGCUUGAGACCAAAAUGGAACAACUUGGUUUAAUUUUUAGUCUUCUUUAAGGGAAAAGUGUUUCUAAUUGGUUGAAUUAAUGAACUACUAGAAUAAUAAGUUGAAAUAAAAGCUCUUCUAAGGAUAUAUAUAUACUUAUGUUAUUUCUUUUUGUGAUUAAUGUUUUAUGAUUUAGCAUUUUGGAUUAUCUCACAUUGAAUAUAUAUGUGUAUAUUUAAAGAGUUUA